AAUAAUGUAAACAGCCUUACUUCCGGUGACAGUAGACAACACGCAAAACAUAAACAAAGAGAAAGUCAGCUGAGUCGAGCUUUGUGUUGACAUUGAACAACACAGCUGAUUGCCUCUUAAUGGCUGCCGGAUUAAACAUUGCUGGUCUACAGUUGGACACGGCCCCUCUAGCACAACAUGACGGUGAGCAGGUGUCCUACAACUCCCGGAGUCAGAUGUCUGUAUCCAUCCCCACCUCCCCCACCGCCCUCUCCCUGGCCAGCCCGGAGGGGAUAGACUGCUACGGUAACGAGAGGCAGGUCCUUAGUGACCAGGCCAAAUUCUACAACAAUUCUACACUAAGUGACGUAACACUCGUUGUGGGAGGGAACAAAUUUUACGCACACAAGCUCAUUCUGGUUCGUUCCAGUGACGUGUUUGAGCGCAUGCUGAGUGAAGAGUGGAGUGAUGGUAGCAAAAAGGAUCUUACUUUGACGGAGGACAGUAUGUGUGUCAAUGUCUUUCCACGAUUUCUGCAAUUCCUGUACAGUUGUCACAUCAAACUAAACAUGGACAACACACUGCCAGUACUGAUUCUAGCAGACAAAUACAAUGUCACAGACCUACGCAAUGUCUGUAUCUCAUUUGCAUGCUCCUUCAUCAUCCCAAAACUACAGCUGAAAGAGGUGUUUCAUGUUUGGUUCCAAUACGCCACCAAAUGUAACAACACUCGACUGACCAAUUCCUGCAUCAGAGCAAUGGCGGAGAAGAUGGACGAUAUCAUCGGAUCAGUGGAAUGGGAAGAUGAAUGGGUUAAUAUGGACAAUCUGCAACUCAUUGAGUUUCUCAAGUGCUCAGAUUUAUGUAUCAAAGAUGAAUUCCAGCUAUGGAAUGCCAUGUUAAAGUGGCUGCUUUGUCCGCAGUUUCCAGCAAGAGCAGGAGAGAAGAUUCAAGAGCUGGCUGAAAUUGUGGCGCACAUUCGUUUUCCUAUGAUGACGGCUGAACAGCUCUGUGCUGUAGAAUCUAGUGAAGUUGCACAGAAGUAUAAAGAUAUCUUCCAGAGGCAUUUUCUUCAGGCUUAUAAGUAUCAUGCUCUGCCUUUGACCAGUAGGGCUACUGUUAAAGAAUUCAGUGGUCCUUGUUUCUUACUGAGAAACUACACAGAUCUCAGAUGGGACAAACGUUUUGUGAUUCAGCCUUUCUCUGCCUGUCCUAAGUGUUCAGAGGUCAGCUUCAGGUUUUCAACGAGGGCUUCAACUUUUCCUCAGCAAACUUGGGAUUGGGAUCUAAAAUGUCACCCAAAAGGAUUCUCUUCAACAUCGGAGGAGUUCAGAUGUAUACUGUAUUCUAAUCUUAUUUUGGAUCAGCCCCGCCCAAUUGAGUAUCUACUUUCUUUAGUGGGGAAGGAAGAAAUUCUUCACUCUGUCAGUGGACGCAAAAAUUUCUCCAAGACGAGAUACACUGCUGACACUGAGAUGGAUAAGAAGGUAUCUGUUGCGGAACUGUGCCAGCCGAAUUCCCCUCUACUUUUGGAGGACUCUUUGAUCCUGCAAAUAACACUUAAACCAGUAGAAUAACAACUUUAUACAAAAAUACAUAUAUUGGGGGAACUGCAAUCAGUGGUAUAGAUUUGUAAAUUGUGCCAGAGCACAAAGACACACAGAUGUAUUGUUAUCUUAUGUUAAAGUUUAAUAUACAAUAGUUAGAACAGAUGUCUCAGUAGAUUAACAUAAUGCAAAGCUUCUGCAAUUUACAGAAUGCUGUUAAGUGUUAAUACAAAGUGUAUUUAGUUUAACUGCUUUAAUUUCAUAUUCAUAUUUCAGAUGAAUGUUAUGAUACUGGGAUCAACAUUCUUCUAAUGAACUGAAGCUACAUAUAUUAUAUCAAGUUUUAAUAUAGAGUUAUGAAGAGAUAAAUGUAUAAACUGAUAUCUAAAGCAUAUCUCAUUAUACCAGUAGUCCACAAAAAAUUUCAGACAGUAUUAUAGAGGAAUACAUUUUAUUUAGCUUAUUGUUUAAAUGUGUUAUACAGAUGUUAUACAGAUAUUAUCAGGUUUUUUGCAGAUUUUUCUUUUUUAAUAUAACUUUGCAUAUAAGUUAAUUUAAUUAAGUUUGCUUGUGUAAUAUGUAAAUGAAAAUUGAAACAUUAAAUUUUUCUGUUUCGGUACUUUACAU